UAAGAAGACACCACAGAACGUGUAAAACCGACUCUCGUACUGCUAUCACAUUUGGUCGGUUAAAUUCGUGCCUGCGUCGUGCGAGUCGCUCGGAGUGAUUAUGCGAGGUGGGACAGUCGAGCUCGCUGUAGUAAAAGUGCUUCUCUCAGUGCGAGUGUACACAUUUUUUUUUGUUUGAAAAUCUAAUGUGGCUGUUGUUUAUUCCGCAACGGACGCUCGUGUAGUGCAACAAUAACAGCUGCGUACUGAAAUCAAGCAAUAAGAACACUGAAAUAUUGUGAAGAACGAACCUUGUCAAAAGAAGACGGAAAAUAAAUAAAUAGGGUUAAAACUCAACCGCCAGCGGAGACUGCAGACAAAAGGAACGCUUAUUACAGUGAUAUUAAAGUGACAUUGGAUUGGAUAAAGUGAAGUUGUGUGACCGAAUUGUUUAAAGAAAAUUAUGAUAAGUUGGUUGCUUAGCUUGAGUAUGAAACGCUCGGUGGUGACAUGAGAUGAGCUGGUCUAGCGGCAGGCUGGUGAUCAUGGACUGGCGGAUCCGGUGGCGGGUGGACAGACGCCGGUGAACUCAGACGCCCGUCUUUUCAAACAGGUUACAAUGGAGCCUUCCGCAGAGGCCGUGGCUGAACAGCCCAGAGAUUAUGAAUCUAAUAGCAACAAUGCGGAUGAAACAAGAGACACUCAAAAAGACGCAGUAGAAGAAAUCACUGAAAAAGAAUCGCCGUCAGUGAAGGAGGACAAAACUAGUGACAGUGACAUUAACAGUGAAGACAUUAACGUUCAUGAUCAAAUCGAUGUAAAUGUUAAUAGCAACUCUCAGUUCUAUGAGAGUAGUGAUAGUAAAAUAGAUUACGCUGUAAAAAUAGAUGAUAACGAUACUUUAAGUGACGUAGAAGAUAUCAAAACGGACUCUGCUUCAGCAGACAGUGAGGAUUCAGCAUUGGGCAGCCUCCCACCGGACGCGGCGUUAACCGACCGAGAGGAAGAGGCGCAAGAUCGGGAGGAUGAGAGACCGGAUACAGAGGAGGAAAGACCAUAUACGGAGGAGGAGAGGCAGGAUAGGGAGGAGGAGAGACAGGAAAGAGAGGAGGUGCGACAGGAGAGAGAGGAGGGUCAGGAUCGCUCCGAUGGCAGCGACUCGGGUCUCGGCUCUGAGACCACUGAAGAUCCCAAACUAUCAACUUUUGGCCUAGAACUACCGUGCAGCAGCGGCCUAAACAACCCCGAAUCAUCAAAUGACAAUAUAGAUAAAACCGGCACAAGUACCAUUGAUGAACCUAAAGUCUUAGAAAAUAACGAAACCGAAAACCCAUCUGCACAAAUAAGCAAACCCCUUAAAAGUAGUCUUAAGAGAAAAUGUGAGGAAGAAACCUCCGAAGAACCUGCAGCAAAAAAGAAAAAGGAAGGAAUUCGGUUUGACAACGUUACUGUUUAUUAUUUCACACGAUCACAAGGGUUCACAUGUGUGCCGUCACAAGGAGGUUCAACGUUGGGGAUGGAGUACACCCACUCACAUUCGGCCAACUUUACUCUAGCCGAGCACGCAUUAGAGCAAAGAAGAUUGCACAGACAAAUUUUGCAGCAACUCAAAAAUGAAAGGCAUUCAUUGCAAGGCGCUACGUUUUCGUCGAGCGAAGACAGCGACACUGAGGAAGAGGCCAGUGACAUUUCAGAAUCUGAACUGGAUCUAGACAGCUAUUACUUCUUACAACCAGUCCCUACGCGACAAAGAAGGGGGUUAUUGCGCGCCGCUGGUGUAAGAAAAAUAGAAGGGUACGAGAAAGAUGAAUGUAGAGAUAUAAGAACUUCACGAGAAUUUUGCGGCUGCGCUUGUAAAGGAGUGUGUAACCCGGAGACAUGCUCUUGCAGUUUGGCCGGUAUAAAAUGCCAAGUCGACAGAUUAAACUUUCCCUGCGGAUGUACCCGGGAUGGAUGCAGCAAUACUACUGGGCGAAUCGAGUUCAACCCUGUAAGAGUAAGAACUCACUUCAUUCAUACGCUAAUGAGAAUAGGCCUCGAGAAGAAGAAUGAGGAAGAGGCAGCUAAAAGGCAAUGGGCUCAAGCGCACGCGGCACGGGCGGCGUGCAUGCCGGCGGCGGCGGCGGCGGCGGCGGGCUACGAGCCGGAGCGGCCGCGCCCCGAGGAGCACCUGCGGGACGCCGCCCUCGCACCCAGAGUCGAAGUCGAGACAUGUGUGAACGCGGGAAGCUACAGCAAUAUGCAUUGCGAUAUCAACAACGCAAUCCCUGCUACUCAACCCAAUAACCUACAACCGGAUCUCAGUUACGUAUACAGAGAAAAUCCUUCAAGUCACAGCAGCGUCAACACUAACUGCAACAUGCACAUGGGAGAGACGAGUAGCCACACCAACCACGCUGACCCUUACACCUCCAGCAUCCUGCAAGGGAAAGGUCCUCCCUAUUCCAUGCCCAACACCAUGGGUUUCGAAAACAUGCAACACAAUGUACAAAGGUUUCCUUGUGAUCUCAACUACACGUACGCUCAGCACUCUGAGAACCACCACUUCAAGGGUUUCCAGAGCUUUUCGGCGUCGAGCUUCGAAGAGUUCGCGCACAACUCGCACAUGACCAUGUUCAGCCACUACGGGCACAUGUACUCGGCCGAGUACCUGCACAAGGCGCCAGGGGGCGCGCGUGACCAGCUGCAGUAUCACCAGAUGUCCUCCAGCCACUACGACAUGUACAAGACCAGCGCCGACGCGGCCGAUAACAAGGCGGAGCAGCAACAGUAUACGACACUCAUGUCCUUACCGUAUCACACGAAUAACAAGGUCCAGAGUGUCGGGAACGAUGAGAACUGGUUUAGCCAUAGCGGCGGCGAGGUGGAGGCGCCGGCCCCGCCCCCCGCCGCCGCCGCCCCCGCCCCGCCCGACCCCGCGGCUGAAACAACCGAGAAUUUCGGGGAACUUAUCAAGAAAACUAUGGUAGAGUCCGUUUCUGUGUAGAUCAGUUAGUUGUUGUCUUUUCAUCGUCUUAUUAUAAUGUUAUUAAGUUUUAAUUUUAGCAAUUGGGAAAUUUUAAUUACUUAAAUAUACUCACAUAUAUGAUUAUUUA